UUUGUUUUGGUUGGUUGGCCUCACCCACCUCCUUUUCUCUCUCUCUCUCUCUCUCUCUCUCUCUCUCUCUCGCAGAAUUAUUGAUUUAUAUUUGAGUCAUAUAGCCUCAUUUUCACCUUGAUUUCUUUUUUUUUUCUUCUCUUAAAAAUACUCUAAUUUUCUCACCCUCCAUCUCCUUAGUCUGUCACUGUAAUCAUCACCUUCUGUACACCAUCUCUAUCCACUGAUAAUGUUUCCUUUGUACACUGUCUCUUUUUAUUCACAUAUAUAGAUAUACAUGGAUGGCUACAAAAGGAUGGGGUUAUUGGGCAGUGGAGACUAGUCUUGGAAGCACAAAAAAAAAACUUAUAUAUCUGAUCUGUUCUUCUUCCAUAUAUGCUUCUGAUUGCAUGGUGUGGGUUUGAUGGGGGGGCUUAGGAGGAAGAGAUUGGAAAGAGAUAUCUGAAUUUUGUUGCAGAGAUGCUCAGACAAGCAAUCCAAUUCCAUGGUUAGAUAGUGACUUUGAGAACAACCCAUCAUCAUCAUUAUCAUCAUCUCUUCUCUUCACGAAAUUUUGCAUUUGCUUUGCCCACACAAAAACCCACCCAUUGUAGAUGCCUCUCUGUGCUCAAGUAUCACUGCCACCUGUUCAACAAACCACUACUACUGCUGCUUAGUUGUAUGUAUCUAAUAAGGCUUGUUUGUUUGUUUUGGUUCUCUAUUUUUGGUUUGUUGUUCUCUACCUCUUUGUUGUUCUCUCUUUAAAAAACCUCUAGUGGGUUGUUACAACGAAGGCUUGGUGUUUGUGUUUGUGGUGGUGCAAGAAAUCAAACAAAGAAAGAGAUCAGAGUAGAGGGUCAGUUUUUGGUUUUGGUUUUGGUUUUUUGUUUUUUUCUGUUGGAGUCUUCUUCUUCUUCUUCUUCAUAGGCAAUAUGUUUCCUGCAGCAGUCAUGUCUAACUCAACUUCUUUGUCUGGGGAAGCCAGUGUUUCUUCUGUUACUAGAGUCCAUGAUUUAGCUUCCUUAAAUCCAAUGGUUUCAACCAUUUCUCAUCACCAACCACAGAAGAUCAAGAAGAAGAGAAACCUCCCUGGAAACCCAGACCCAGAUGCUGAAGUGAUUGCAUUAUCUCCAAAGACCCUUUUGGCAACCAACAGAUUUGUGUGUGAGAUCUGCAACAAGGGGUUUCAGAGAGAUCAGAACUUGCAACUUCACAGGAGAGGACACAACCUUCCAUGGAAGUUGAAGCAAAGAAACAGCAAAGAAAACAGAAAGAAGGCCUAUGUGUGCCCUGAGCCUAGUUGUGUGCACCACAAUCCUUCAAGGGCUCUUGGUGAUCUCACUGGAAUCAAGAAACACUUUUGCAGAAAACAUGGGGAAAAGAAAUGGAAGUGUGAGAAGUGUUCAAAGAUCUAUGCAGUUCAAUCGGAUUGGAAGGCUCACUCUAAAACCUGUGGAACAAGAGAAUAUAGAUGUGACUGUGGAACCCUUUUCUCCAGGAAGGAUAGCUUUAUUACCCAUAGAGCGUUCUGUGAUGCAUUGGCUGAAGAAAGUGCUAGACUCACUGUAAACCAGUUUGAAACCACCACCAACCCAAUUGCCCAACCCUUCCAUCAUCUCCUCCACCCACAACCACAAAACCCUCCUCCUCCUCACUUCCCUUUCUCCUCCAUCCACCACCACCAACACUUCCCAAACCCACCAGCACAACAACACAUUCACAUCUCUCUCAACCCAUGGGAGGACACAACCCAAAACCCUAUCCCUACCCUCAACCAAAACCCACUUCAUAUCAAGCCCGAAACCACCCAUCUCCCUAUGCUACCACCACCACCCAUCUCCUCCUCGUCGUUUUUCCAAGAACCACAACCACUAACCCACAAAAACCUGGUUAACUCACCCUACCGAAACCUACCCACCUCAUCGAACAAUGCCACCUCAUCAGCCCACCUCUCAGCCACCGCGCUCCUCCAGAAAGCCACCAUCAUUGGCCACGUGGGUGGAAGAGGCACCGGAAUGUCGCCGCAGGAGUACCUUAGUUUCGCUUCUGGGAAUCUUGCCACGUGGCAGAAGAGUGACAGGCUGACCAGGGAUUUCUUGGGCUUGACAGGAGAGUGUGGCGGUGGCAAUGGGGGUGGUGGUAGUGUUGAUGCUAACGUGAACGUGAGGAAUAUGCUAUCGUUCACGGGGGGCGUAGAGUUCCCGACAUAUGAGCGCGACCACUCGCUGUUGAAGGCCCAAGGCUUUGGGUUUGGCGAGCCAGCUGCCUCGGAAACAUGGGGCAAUUGUUAGAAGCAGAGCAGCAUUUGCUACGGAGGGGUAAAACAGUCAUUCCAGCUACCAUCUUGUCAAAAUGACAAAAAAUAUCCUUCCUAAAAAAAACUUUUGUUUUUUAUUUUCUAUAUGCUUGUCUUUCUAUUAUAUAACUUUCAUCAAUGUUUUUUUUUUUUUUUUUAUAAAUGUAUUUUGUUUAGUCGGCAAAAAAUUGCUAUGGUAGAGGGAUUUGCUGCAUUUCUCUCUCUCUCUCUCUCUCUUUAUGAAUUUCAACUUAAUGUCUUUUAAUUUCUUGUUUUGAAUUAUAGUAAAGGUCAGAGUUAGAGUUUGGA